AUGGAGCCUGCGGGGCGCCCCCGGGACCGGGUCCCCAGGAUCGAUCCGUACGGGUUUGAAAGGCCCGAAGACUUUGAUUAUGCAGCUUAUGAGGAGUUUUUUUCCGCCUACCUGGUGAUACUCACUAGAAGAGCGAUGAAAUGGUCCAAACUUUUGAAGGGGGGCGGAGGUGUCCAGAAGAGCGGUACAGUGAAGCGCUAUAUCCGGAAAGGUGUCCCCCUGGAGCACCGGGCCCACGUCUGGAUGGGGGUGAGCGGAGCCCAGGCCCGAAUGGACCAGAACCCCGGCUAUUACCACCGGCUACUGCAGGGAGAGUGCAGCGGCAGGCUGGAGGAGGCCAUCCGGACAGAUAUGAACAGGACCUUCCCGGACAACGUGAAAUUCCGGAAAAGCGCGGAUCCCUGUUUACAAAAGACCCUGUACAACGUGCUGGUGGCCUAUGGGCGCCACAACCAAGGUGUGGGGUACUGCCAGGGAAUGAACUUCAUAGCAGGCUACCUGGUCCUCAUAACCAAGAGCGAAGAGAAAUCCUUUUGGCUGUUAGACGCGCUCGUGGGAAGAAUACUGCCUGAUUACUACAGCCCUGCCAUGCUGGGCCUGAAGACAGACCAGGAGGUCCUGGGGGAGCUGGUGAGGACCAAGCUGCCAGCGGUGGCGGCCCUGAUGGACAGGCACGGCGUCCUGUGGACCCUGGUCGUGUCACGCUGGUUCAUCUGCCUGUUCGUGGACGUCCUGCCCGUGGAGACGGUGCUCCGGAUCUGGGACUGUCUGUUCAGCGAAGGCUCGAAGAUUCUCUUCCGGGUGGCCCUGACCCUGAUCAAGCACCACCAGGCCUUUAUUUUGGAAGCCAGCAGUGUGGCGGACACCUGCGAGCGGUUCAAGGAGAUCACCAGAGGCAGCUUUGUGACCGAGUGCCACACCUUCAUGCAGAAAAUAUUUUCAGAGCCCGGGAGCUUGUCCAUGGCCACCAUCACCAGGCUUCGCGAGAGCUGCAGGGCCAGGCUGCUGGCGCAGGGCUGA